CCAUGGGCUCAGGGCCUGAAGGUGGCCCCAUGGACUCAGGACCUGAAGAUGGGCCUAUGGGUUCAGGGCCGGAAGAUGGGCCGAUGGGCUCAGGGCCUGAAGAUGAACUGAUCGACAGUGAAAAUGAUGGUAGUAUAUUAGAAGGAAAUGGGAGCGAUGACGAUGACAAUAAUGAAGGCGAUGAUGGUGGUAUAUUUGGAGGAAAUGAUGAUGAUGACAACGACGAUAGUGGAGAUAAUGAUGACGAUGGUGAUAAUGGAGACGAUGAUGGUGGUAUACUUGGAGGAAAUGAUGAUGAUGACGACGAUAGUGGAGACGACGAUGGCGACGAUGAUAAUGAAGACGAUGAUGGUGGUAUACUUGGAGGAAAUGGUGAUGAUGACGACGAUAGUGGAGACGAUGAUGGUGGUAUACUUGGAGGAAAUGGUGAUGAUGACGACGACGAUAGUGGAGACGAUGAUGGUGGUAUACUUGGAGGAAAUGGUGAUGAUGACGACGAAGAUAGUGUAGAUGUUGAUGGUGGUAUAUUCGGAGAAAAUGAUGAUGAUGACGACGACGAUAGUGGAGACGAUGAUGGCAACGAUGAUAAUGAAGACGAUGAUGGUGGUAUACUUGGAGGAAAUGAUGAUGACGACGACGAUAGUGGAGACGAUGAUGGCGACGAUGAUAAUGAAGACGAUGAUGGUGGUAUACUUGGAGGAAAUGGUGAUGAUGACGACGAUAGUGGAGACGAUGAUGGUGGUAUACUUGGAGGAAAUGGUGAUGAUGACGACGACGAUAGUGGAGACGAUGAUGGUGGUAUACUUGGAGGAAAUGGUGAUGAUGACGACGAAGAUAGUGUAGAUGUUGAUGGUGGUAUAUUCGGAGAAAAUGAUGAUGAUGACGACGACGAUAGUGGAGACGAUGAUGGCAACGAUGAUAAUGAAGACGAUGAUGGUGGUAUACUUGGAGGAAAUGAUGAUGACGACGACGAUAGUGGAGACGAUGAUGGCGACGAUGAUAAUGAAGACGAUGAUGGUGGUAUACUUGGAGGAAAUGAUGAUGACGACGACGAUAGUGGAGACGAUGAUGGCGACGAUGAUAAUGAAGACGAUGAUGGUGGUAUACUUGGAGGAAAUGAUGAUGACGACGACGAUAGUGGAGACGAUGAUGGUGGUAUACUUGGAGGAAAUGGUGAUGAUGACGACGACGAUAGUGGAGACGAUGAUGGUGGUAUACUUGGAGGAAAUGAUGAUGACGACGACGAUAGUGGAGACGAUGAUGGUGGUAUACUUGGAGGAAAUGGUGAUGAUGACGACGACGAUAGUGGAGACGAUGAUGGUGGUAUACUUGGAGGAAAUGAUGAUGACGACGACGAUAGUGGAGACGAUGAUGGUGGUAUACUUGGAGGAAAUGGUGAUGAUGACGACGACGAUAGUGGAGACGAUGAUGGUGGUAUACUUGGAGGAAAUGAUGAUGACGACGACGAUAGUGGAGACGAUGAUGGCGACGAUGAUAAUGAAGACGAUGAUGGUGGUAUACUUGGAGGAAAUGAUGAUGACGACGACGAUAGUGGAGACGAUGAUGGUGGUAUACUUGGAGGAAAUGGUGAUGAUGACGACGACGAUAGUGGAGACGAUGAUGGUGGUAUACUUGGAGGAAAUGGUGAUGAUGACGACGACGAUAGUGUAGAUGUUGAUGGUGGUAUACUUGGAGGAAAUGGUGAUGAUGACGACGACGAUAGUGUAGAUGUUGAUGGUGGUAUAUUCGGAGGAAAUGAUGAUGAUGACGACGACGAUAAUGGACCUCAGGUCGACACGCCAGUUCCAAGUGGUGUUCAAUCUUACAUUCUCAAUAUAACAAGAGUUUCGUUACUUCCUAGACCAAAUGGCUUGGUCCAGUCAACGGCUGUGCCAAACAAAGAUUCAUUUAUCAAUUAUCUCCAAUCAAUGACUGACGACAACCCGUUGUUAAUUAUGAAAGCCAACAUCAGUGUAGAUGACAUCGAAAUCUACGAUUCUACGACUAAAAAUGACUUGACUGAUGUUUGUGACACUUCAUAUCCUGCCGGAUCUGUUGCAGCGAACAUCAGGACAAUUCUCUCUACUGCCAUCAUGGGCGGUGCUGAAUGUCCGAUCCAAAAGAGCACAUAUCGUACUGUUCCAUACGAGUUGGAUCCUCUCACUCUUGAAUUCAACAAUCCAUUACCAUGCGGCGAUUACUUGAUGGAUGUAACUCUAGAUACUCCUGACAAAAUUAGAGCCCUUGAUUUAACUUUCAGUUGGAUGAUACCCGUUAGUACAAACUGUCUAACAGAGCCCAUGAUGCUUAAAUCAUAACAAGUUAUUGCUAUUCUUUAAUCGAACGACAAAUGAUACAUUGUUCCAUUCAAACGUAAACAUCCACUGUUCAUUUUUAUAGGUGGUAGUAAUUCAUUUUUAUUCAUUGACUAAUUAUUAUUUACGUAAUUUUAAAUGACAAUUAUAUAGGGUAGAAGUAGCAUUUAUGGCCACUGCUUCAUUUUUGGACAUUUCAAUACUUUCUUUAAUAAGUGAAAAAAUAUUUGAAAAACUUGCAUUGUAAUAGUGCGAUAAAAGUAUCUUUAAACACAUUUAAAAUCAUAUAUUGCAUAGUUAGGAUACUAAGAUAGUCUUUAUAGG